GCCCGCCCCAGCCAGGCAGCCAUAGACUAGAUCAACAGCCAAUGGGUGGACGCUAAACAAAAUUGAACAGCAACACCGCUCCGCUUUUCCGAUUCCGACCAUCUUUUUAUGCUUGGGUUCAAAACAGACAAUGAGUUUUGGGAUUUGGGAUAAUUCGGGGUGAAUACGGCACACUACUUCCUUUCAGCAGAGGGUAACACUUGUUGUUCGUGCUCGUAAGAAAUGGACGUGGUUCAGGUAAACCCUGUUCCGGAAGAAACAGCUCCCGAAAAAGAGGAGCUGAGCAAAGAUCAACCUGUCGAAGUACCUGCUGAACAACCGAACCCUGAGACAGCCCCAGAGACGGAGUUUACUCCCCAAGAAGAGUCUUCUGUAAAAGUGGAAAAAUUUGAAGUUCCUUGCGAAAAUGGAACCGACUCAUCAAACGGCAGCACAAGCAAUGGCGUUGCAGAGGAGAAAAUGGAUGAGCAUGCGAAUAUUGAAAAAACUGAAGAGAAAGACUGUCCAACGACAAACAACGAGAGCUCUGGGGAGACAGUUGAUCUAACUAUGAAGUGUGUUAUCUGCAAUACGUCCAUGACGAAAGCAGACAGACCACUGCUUUUGGAAUGUCUUCAUUCUGCCUGCAGUGGCUGCAUUGACACGAAACUCUCAGAAAAGAGCAAUCAAGAAAUUAUAGAUAAUGGAAUAUUGUGUGCCCACUGCAACAUAUCCACGAUUCAGAGUAAAUUGAUUGAAGAUCGAUUUAUUAUUGAGCAAGACAAGACUAGCACAGCUAACGAGAGUGAGAAAGAUGAAUUUUGUACAAGUUGUGAGGAAAACAUAGCAGCUACAAGCUACUGCCAGGACUGCAGCGAAUUUUUGUGUGAUGGUUGUGUGCAAGCGCAUCGAAGAGUGAAAGUGACUAAAGAUCACACAAUCGUUGACAAAAAUCAAGCAGCUGAAAUGCAGAAAAGCAGUAACCAGACUCAAGCAGCUGAACUCCACUGCCCCAUUCAUCCUGUUGAAACUCUCUCCCUCUUCUGUGAGAUGUGUGACCAACUAACAUGCAGGGAUUGCCAGCUUCUCUCUCACCGAAAUCAUAGCUUUAAAUUUGUGAAUGAAAUUGCGUCGGAGGCAAGAAGAUCAUUGAUGGACUUACUCUCAGAAGUCAAAUAUAAACGAACCUUGCUUGAGAGUGCUGUCACAGUAAUUGACGGGCGUAGCAAAGCGAUUGUUUCCAAAAAGGAUCAACUUCUUACAGAUAUAACCAACGUCAUUGUGCAGCUCACCAAUGUCAUCAACAAACGUUGCAAGAAAAUUGUGCAGUGCCUAAACGAAGUGUGUGAAGAAAAACAAAGAACGUUGGAAGACAAGCGGGCAACACUUGAACAAAUCACCAAACUGACGGACCAUUGCAUAACAGCUGUGUCGCACCAACUCGAAACCGGCUCCGACUUAGCGCUUCUAUUUUCCAAGAAGACCAUAGUUGGCCAUUUGAAUCGAAUCAAAAGUAGACGAGCAGAUAUUCCUAAUCCUGACAUUCCUGUUCGAAUUCAGUUUGUUGUUAACAAAAUUGAAUCUGUUUGCAAUGUUCUUAACACCUUGGGAGGCAUAAUUGUAGACGGACGCUACAUGACAUGUGACAAAUUAAUCACAGCUGCUCAGGACAGCACCUCACCAGGUCCGCCUGCAGCUCCUCAGCCGCCACCGCCUCCACCUCACCGACAGCAGCCCAUGCCUAUUUUGCCUAUGCAGCAGCAACAGCCGCAGCAGCACCAUUCUCAACACCAAUUCCAGCGUCAAGGUGCUCGAACCUUGCAGCAAUCGGUAGUGCCACCUAAUAUGGUCAUACACAACACUCAACCCCCAUCGUGCCUCAACAUGCCUUCCAGUGUCACCAUUAGACCCGCUGGCAAUCCGCAUCAGGUGAAUAAUUUUGGCUUGAAGGUCACUUCCUCCACUCAUCCUGGACCCUUGAGAAAUCUUCUGUCUCCUCCAAUGGCGAUGCCUAAUAUGCCCAGAGGUCGUUCCCCCAUCACCAUUAACUACAGACCCCAGUCAACAAUGGCAAUGAGCAGCCCCUUGUAUAACCAAAUCAUGCCCCAACAGCAAACGGCGCUAAUGCAAAAGAAUCAAAUUCUCCAUCAGCACCUCCAACCUAAAGUAAGUCACCAGCAGCAACAACACCAGCAGCAGCAGCAGCAACAACACCAGCAGCAACAACAACACCAGCAGCAACAAAUCCAACAGCAACAGCAGCAAUAUCAGUUGCAGCAACAAUAUCAGCAGCAAAUGCAGCAAAAGCAGAGACAACAACAGCAGCAGCAACAGCAACUCUUAGUUCAACAGCAACUCCAGAAAUUACCAUCGAGCAUAACGAUAAAUCAGCCGGGCGGAAUGACCAUAACUACUACGCCUCAAGUUUCUCAGCCCGACUGGGUUCUUCCUCCUGACCGGCACCAACAACAGCCAACCCCUCCACACACUCAACCCCCUAAUGACAAUUUCAAAAUCACCCUGAGCAGCCAAUGGAUGAAUCAAGGGGAGCAGGUUACCUCUUCGGGCAGCAGGUCCACUCCUUCACCUGCAAACUCGAGAAACUCGUUGGAUGCAGGCGGACAGCUAGAUUCCUUCUGUCAAGUAAAUUCAAUGAAGGACCUCUUCAGCUAUUUGGAUUCAAACAAACAGUCCAGUAGCAAGGCAGGUUCCAGUGAAACUGCAGGGACUGUUGUUGACAGUUCGACUGGAUCCCCUGGAAUGAAGCAGACACCCCCUGUCGAAACUCCAGCAACAAAUGAUGCUCUGUCUACUGAUACGGAUAUGUUCUCCAAGGACGAUGCCGACCCUAAUGAUGACUGGUGUGCCGUCUGCAUGGAUGGUGGGGACCUUGUUUGCUGCGAUCGGUGCCCGAAAGUUUUCCACACUUACUGCCACAUCCCAAAUUUGGGCUCCAUUGAUCAAAUUCCAGAUUCAUGGCAAUGUUUGCUAUGUACAAACAUUAACGACAUCAAAAGACUUGCAAACAAAAACCCAGAAGGCGUUCUAACAACUGCAGAGAUGAGACUGGCACAGCGGUGCUUGCUUGAACUCUACAGCCAAGUUGAUAUGAGCCAAUCUUUCCGAGAGCCCGUCAAUGCGGAACUGUUCCCUGAUUACUUGGAGCGCAUUCAGAGACCCAUGUCUUUAGACGUCAUUAAGAAAAAUGUGGAACCUGGACAUGAAGGCUGUUACAAAUCGUACAGUCAGUUCAUCACAGACGUUCGUCAAAUUUUUAGGAAUGCUUACCUUUACAAUGAAAAGGGGUCAUCUGUUUAUAACGCUGCCCAAUCAUUAGAGGCCGUGUUUGAGAAGCUCGUCCACUUAUACACUCCCAAAUACUCAAAGAGGUCUGCGGCAACGAUGAGCAGCAAUAGAAGAAGCCUGGAUGCAGAAGACGAAGAACCGGCAAAGAAAUUGCGCAAAUCAGUCUCACCUCAAUUCUGAUUAGAAACAAACUUGCCCAGUGCAGUGGACACUUCAAGUUGAUUUUAAUUUAAUUCAUCUUGCAAUUUGAAGUAAAACAAAAUAUUUAAAUGCAACUACUCUCACAAAAGUGCCGGAAUCAUGUUAUUAAUACAAAUAAAUUCUUAAUACUAUGUAAGAGUGCAAGUUAGGCUGUGUGAAAAUGGGUGGCUGAAUCGAGUGAAUGUGUGAGCUUAAUUGUUAAAAAAAGGAGCUACCACUAUCAUUGAAACGCUUUUGCAAAUAUGUGAACAACUCAAUAUUAUGCUUCCGUAUUUUUCCAAGAAUAUAAUAUGAACGAUUAUAAUUAUAAGCUCGUGUAAAGCUCACGAUUUUUUUUUUUUA